AUACAUAAUGCUUUAUUUAAAUGUGUGCUAUCUGGUGAGAUAACUCACUCGCCUUGUUUUCUAGGCCGUGUGAUUGCUACUUUCACAUGCUCAGGAGAAAACGAGGUCAAUUUGGCCGUUCAAGAUGCAAAGGCUGCCUUCAAAAUAUGGAGCAAAAAAUCUGGCCUGGAGCGUGGCCGAAUCCUUUUGGAGGCCGCCAGGAUCAUAAGGGAACGGAAGGAUGAAAUCGCCGCUGUGGAGACCAUCAACAACGGCAAGUCCAUCUUCGAGGCCCGCCUGGACAUCGACACCUCCUGGCAGUGCCUGGAGUACUACGCGGGCUUGGCUGGGUCCAUGGCCGGCGAGCAUAUCCCGCUCCCAGGGGGCUCCUUCGGUUACACCAGACGGGAGCCGCUGGGUGUGUGCGUGGGGAUCGGCGCCUGGAACUACCCCUUUCAGAUCGCCUCCUGGAAGUCGGCCCCUGCUUUAGCGUGUGGAAACGCCAUGGUCUUCAAGCCGUCCCCCUUCACGCCCGUGUCCGUGCUGCUGCUGGCUGAGAUCUACACGGAGGCUGGGGCGCCUCCCGGCCUCUUCAACGUGGUGCAAGGAGGGGCCGCCACAGGCCAGCUUCUGUGUCAGCACCCCGAUGUGGCCAAGAUCUCCUUCACCGGGAGUGUGCCCACUGGCUCGAAGAUCAUGGAGAUGUCGGCAAGAGGAGUCAAACCUGUCACCUUGGAACUUGGAGGCAAGUCUCCCCUCAUCAUCUUCGCAGACUGCGACCUGGAGAACGCCGUGAAGGGGGCGCUGAUGGCCAACUUCCUCACGCAGGGCGAGGUUUGCUGUAAUGGCACAAGAGUGUUUGUGCAAAAGGAAAUUCUUGAUAAAUUCACAGAGCAGGUGGUGAAACAGACCCAAAGGAUAAAAAUCGGAGACCCCCUUCUGGAAGAUACCAGGAUGGGCCCCCUCAUCAAUCGACCACACCUGGAGCGAGUCCUUGGGUUUGUUAAACAGGCAAAGGAGCAGGGGGCUAAGGUGCUGUGUGGGGGAGACCUAUAUGUACCCGAAGAUCCCAAGUUAAAGGAUGGAUAUUUCAUGAGACCUUGUGUAUUGACUAACUGCAGAGAUGACAUGACCUGCGUGAAAGAAGAGAUCUUUGGGCCAGUUAUGUCCAUCCUGUCAUUUGACACCGAAGCGGAGGUUCUAGAAAGAGCGAACGACACCUCUUUUGGACUAGCUGCCGGUGUCUUCACCAGGGACAUCCAGCGCGCUCACCGCGUGGUGGCGGAGCUGCAGGCCGGAGUGUGCUACGUCAACAACUACAACGUCAGCCCGGUGGAGUUGCCCUUCGGUGGCUAUAAGAAGUCAGGGUUUGGCAGAGAGAACGGCCGUGUGACAAUCGAGUAUUAUUCACAACUGAAGACUGUAUGUGUGGAGAUGGGUGAUGUGGAAUCUGCGUUUUGAAAGCGGCCAUGAGCCCCGUGGCUGAGCACUUGCAAGACCAGCGGAAGCAGUGUCAGCAUGAUGCCUCCUGGACCCGGCUGCGCAGGGUCUGCACUUGCCUUAGUGUCGCUGUUGCUCAGUCAUCUUCCUGGCUGAAGGUUGCACAAGUGCCUUUAGGUUCUAAUCGAGAAAGCUGCGAAUUUCUGCAGCACAAAUUUCUGCGUGAUCCUGAAUAGCCAGUAACACACUUUUGGAGACAGGACCAGGAUUGUGCCUCGCCCCUGGAUUCCACCCCUGCCCGUGUGCGUGAGCUCCCUCCUUUCCUUGCUUACUUUGAAGAACCUGCUCCCCUUAGGUUCCUGGUGGACUCCAGACAGAUGCUGUGGGCUCACUGGCAUGUCUUAAGCUCCACCUCCUGUCAUUCCACUCAGAGCUGACAGUUGGGACAGGAGGGGAUUGGAUACUGGGCAGGUCAGUCUGUGUGAAUCUAACUCACCAGGGAAAGCACUGUUUCUACCUGGGGCUGCAGGAGAGGAUGUGGUCCUCCGUCUUUGAACUCCAGCUUGCUGUCUGGGACACAACAGCUCCCUGUUAAAUGUCCAAGUUAUCUAUGUGCCUGUGCGGUAUACUGGAAUUAAAUCACACUGUUAAUCCUUUCA